GACGGAUACCGGAGAGGCUGAGCAGCGCCGGAGCACCGGGAACACCUCCGUGCCCCGCUCAGAUUCAUCUUGAAGGAAACUGGCUGGAAACAGAGGCUCAUCCCUCUCCUCCCUGCCUGACACAGGGCAGGGGAAGGAGAGCAGCAGAAUUUGUUUGUGCUUUCCUGAACUUCUCCAAGAGAACAGGAUGGAUGGCAAGAAGUGGUAUCAGAAGCUGGCUCCAGCAGUGUCCAAGUUUCUUCUUUAAAGAGAAGUUCCAGCAUCAAGGAGGGUGAAAAGCAAGAAAAAACAAAACAAAAAAACCCCGAAAUGGAAGGAGGCAACAGCCCCGGGCUGCAGCUUCAGCAGCUGCCGUUGGCCACAGCAGCAGUUUCUGUGCAGCCACACACAGACUCCUUCUCUUACAAGGAGAACUUGAUUGGGGCAUUGCUGGCUAUUUUUGGGCACCUUGUCAGCAGCAUUGCACUCAAUCUCCAGAAAUACAGCCACAUCCGCCUGGCAGGCUCCAAGGACCCCCGRGCCUAUUUCAGAACCAAAACCUGGUGGAGUGGAUUGUUGCUGCUGCUGCUGGGAGAGCUGGGGGUGUUCUCCUCCUACGCCUUCGCUCCUCUCUCGCUGAUCGUGCCCCUCAGUGCAGUGUCUGUCGUGGCCAGUGCAAUCAUAGGAAUUAUAUUUAUCAAAGAGAAAUGGAAGCCCAAGGAAUUCUUGAGGCGUUAUGUGCUGUCCUUUGUGGGCUGUGGCUUGGCCAUCGUUGGCACCUACCUGCUGGUGACAUUUGGGCCCAACAGCCACGAGAAGAUGACAGCAGAGAACAUCACCAGGCAUUUAGUGAGCUGGCCUUUCCUGCUCUACACGCUCGUGGAGAUCAUUGUUUUCUGUCUCCUCCUGUACUUCUACAAGGAGAGAAAUGCAAACUACAUUGUCAUCAUCCUGCUGCUGGUGGCUUUGCUGGGUUCCAUGACCGUGGUGACAGUGAAGGCAGUGGCUGGGAUGAUCCUGGUGUCCAUCCAGGGAGCUCUGCAGCUGGACUCACCCAUUUUYUACAUCAUGUUGGUGUGUAUGAUUGCCACAGCCAUCUACCAGGCCACGUUUUUAGCUCAAGCCUCCCAGCUCUAUGACUCAGCUCAGAUCUCCAGYAUUGGCUACAUCCUGUCCACCACAGCAGCAAUCUCAGCAGGAGCAACUUUUUACCUGGACUUCACUGGUGWAGAUGUUCUCCACAUUUGUAUGUUUGCACUGGGGUGCCUCAUAGCGUUUCUGGGAGUCUUCCUGAUCACCAGAAAUAGGAAGAAGCCUGUCCCCUUCGAGCCCUACAUAUCAAUGGAUGCCAUGCCAGGCAUGCAGAACAUGCACGACAAAGGGAUUGCGGUGCAGCCUGACCUCAAAUCCUCUUUCUCCUACGGUGCCCUGGAGAACAACGACAGCAUGCCAGAGAUUUACACUCCAGCCACGCUGCCCAUCGUGCAGGAGCAGCACGGAUCCAAAGCAGCUUCAGCCCCUCCCUACAGAGUGCUGGAGCACAGCAAGAAGGAGUGAGUGACCUUCAAGGACUGAUCUGAGUGGUCAGAACCCGUUGACCUUUAUUUAUUUACCUGUUCAAAUAGAAGCCACGUAAAGCCGACCUUGAUAAAGAGUUUGAAGCUCGUCUCGAGCUGAACUUUCCAGGCUGAUUAUUAAAAUAAACAACUCUUUCUAGUUGAGAAGUUGAAAGCACUUGUCUUGGCAGGAAGCAAAUCCCAGUUCUGCAUGGAAUGGUGGAACUGAUGAGAGAGGAGAUGCCGUGGAACAGAAGUGACUGUGCAGUUUUCAGUCCUGCUGGGAGUGGUUUUAUCUCCAGACAGAAGUUUUCAGGAGGUGCUCACARGGAGAGCAGGGCAGGAUUUAAUCUUUCAUUUACAGAGACUGUGACAGAUUUCCAGGAAAGCUUUAAAUCCUGGUGUGACCACGGGGCUCCCCUAACACGGCAAUAAAUGGAAUUGUUUUUAAGCACCAACACUGGAACUUGCUGGGUCUUCAGAGCAGCAGAAUUGGGGAGAAAGAACACUUUAUCCCUUCAAAYCAUGAAUUUUGGGCACUUCCUGUACAACUGUUUGGGUGUUCAGCAUGAGCACGGAGGAUGGGAGCUGUUUUUAGAGCACCACUGGAUUACAUGGCUUAGAACAAAGAUUAUUUGCCAGUUUUCUGAUUUCAUAGCAGGAGCUCCAAGAUGGAUUAAAUGGUGCAGAGGGAGCACCAGAGGAUGAGGACAAGGAGAAAUGAGAGUGAUGUGACUGUAUCUGCUGGGGAGUUUAUGUAAUUUUUGACAAUGUCUUAAUUCUUUCUCACAUUUAUUUAUUUUCUUUCUGAUGGAGAGAGGAUUUCCAACUCGAGUGGCCCCAACUAUUUAAAAGUGUUGAAGUUACUUAGUUCAAAACUCAGUUUAGGUGAUGUAAGCUGGGGGCUUCCCCCAUUUUUUUUUUUUUAAAAAAACCUUGUCUACUUUUGUGGAUGACCUAAGGAGAAAAGAGAAGUUGCAGAGCCCAGCACUCAUUAAGGACUGUGAGGAUAAUGGAGCUUUGUGUACUUUGAUAUUUAUCUUUCCAGCUUCCAGAGAUGGCCAGGAGCUGAUAUGGAGGGAGAAUGGACACAAGGGGGGAGAGAAUGGGGAACUUGUCAAGUGAGAAGGACAAAGUACAACAUUUACUGGUGUAUGCAAGUUAUCCUGGCACCUGAUAGCACUGCCUGCUCUAAAACUGGGGGGUUUUGCUGGGAAACUGAAUUUAAAGUCCAUUCAGUGUGGCUGAAGUGGAGUCUCCAGGACACUGGAAUUUUAUUUGAAAGGAAUAAUACUCGUGGUCAGUGUAUUUUCAAGUGAUUCCUCCAAUACCAGGGGGUAUGGGAUGAUCUUAGACUUGGAACAAUGUCUUUCUGCAUUUAUUUAUUUGUAUUUUUAUUUGUUAAAUUGACUCAUGGCCAGUUUCUAUCCCCCCUGCCAGAAAUCCCCAACAGCUCCACUGAUUGUACAUAAUUACUCCAAGUUCUUUUUAUUSCAUAGGACAACAGAACUGUUCUUUUGCAUUUGUUUGCUUUGCCAGCUCUGCAGACUGAUUCAAUCUGGACAUACUUUAGAUUGCUUUGGCAUUUUUGUGCAGCUUAGAAAAAUAACCUUCCCCCCUGCACAGAGGAGGUGCCCCGGGGCUGUACCCACGGGCACCUGGGUGAGGUUUCACAAUUCAGGGGCACAAUUCAGAUCUUAUCAGCGGCAUCGGAGCUUAGGGAACCUCAAGAAAUAACAGCUUUCUUUUCAUCCUCAAUGCUUGAUUUGUGAUUAGGCAAGAUAAGGAUGUUAAUGAUGGGCUCGUGCUGCCAGAGCAUUCAUCUUGCUGGGGGUGCAGUGAUGCUGAUUUACUGCCUUUGGAUCUGGUGAUCGAUUCUUGCUGAAUUUAUGGGCAGCUUUUGUUCAUUGACAAUGCAAAAUGAAGCAGUGCAGGGAGGCUGAGWGGGAAGGGCACAGGAAUGCUGCCUUUCCUUAUCUCUUCCCAUUGAAUCCAACUGUUUUGACCUAUUGGUUCCACAGCCAAAGAACAGAGUCUGAAAAUGAGCUGUGCUGAACCACACACUUGUUCCGUGGCAAUAUUCUCUGUGUUUAAUGAUGUGGGAUAAAAUAAUUCAUCACAAGGGCCUAAAUGUUUGGAUGCUGACAUCCAGAUCAGGAUGGUGCUGUGUGUGACAGUGCAGCUGUCCCAGUCCUCAGCAGUAUUUAAAGCCAGCAGGUGACUGGAGCAGCAAGAAAUGCCUGGUUUGGGUUUUUGGGUUUGGGUUUUGAGUUUUUGGGUUUGGGUUUUGAGUUUUUGGGUUUGGGUUUUGAGUUUUUGGGUUUGGGUUUUGAGUUUUUGGGUUUGGAUUUUGAGUUUUUGGGUUUGGAUUUUGAGUUUUUGGGUUUUUUCCUCCCCGUCACAGGCCCUGAAGGAUGAACACAGUGCUCUGCCAGUGGACAGGGCUGCUCUGAUGUGGCUGUGUUUCCCUUGCAGGCUGCUCUCUGGUUCAGGAGGGUUUUGUUGUCUCAUUCCUGCCCUUCCUCCCUGCACAGAGCCCUCAGCAAUUYUCUGAGUGAAACUGCCCCCAGCCAUGAGCUGAGCCUUUGUGCUAUUGUGUGGCUUUGGCCCUUUCCUUUCCAAGACUCUCAAGAGCUUUACAUAACCACCUUUUAUUUACACAGUCUCCGUGCUGAAAUAAUUUAUUUAAUAAUGACAGUUCCCUUUACCUGCA